AUGUCUACUGAAUCGUUAUAUGCUGCAGUAAAUGGAGUUUUAAAGAAACUAGUAGCAGAAGCGAUUGCAACGGACAAAUGUAUAAAGGUUAUUCAUAGGACGACAAAGAAAACGAUUACUCCUGACAAAAUGGAAGAAAUCUUGGCAACUGCAAAAGAUCAACUACAGGAAUCGGUGUUAAAUGGUGUUAGUCAGGUGAUUCAUAACGAUGAGGUCCUUGAAGGAAUGAUCAAACUGAAAAAUCUUAUUAAAGAAUCAUCAAAGGAAGAUAUAGGAUGGCGACCAAGUGGCAUUCCAUCUGAUGAUAUUGCCGGCCAUUUGCAACCAGUUAUGUUUAAUAAUGAGCAGAAUUUGAUUUGCUUGAGAGAUAAACUAGAAGCUGAAAUUGAGGCAAGCAAUAUCUUAUUUGCUCAUGCUUUUAAGAAACGAAAUAUGUACAAAGAAACUGAAGAUAAAGCUCGAGCAAUGAUGCAAGAAGCAUUACUUUAUAACCAUCCUGUUCACCCGCUACCAUAA